AUGCCCGCCGGUGUAGCUUCAGCUGAUGGAAUCAGUGUGGAGCUGUCAACCAUCAAUGAGCAUUCCGCCGAAACAGACGCUAACACAACACUCGCGCCAUCUACAGCGCGCAGUGAGGAGAAUAUGAAGCAUUUUGAUUCGCUCCAGGUUGAGUUUGGUAGUAGCGAUGAAUCUCAGUUGGACCCCGAGUCUCGCUCGUUGGACCCCGAGUUGGUCCAGUCAGCCACCGAGAUGGGCACGGAGUCAACAGAGUUGGAUAACUCUGCGGUUGAGAACGAUCGACGGGCGAGAGCAGUCGACCUGGAUGAUGGUAAAGGCGAGUUCGAGCUUCAGAGUUCACCAAAAGCAAAAGGACGACCUAAACAGAAGCCGAAGGCUGUAAAAGCUAAACGGAAUAUGAACAUUGCAAUGGUGCAAGAAGACAUCGUAAUGAAUGAAAAACAACUGAGUCUACUUUCAGUGUUCGAGCUUCUCGCGGACGAUGCCACAUUUAAUUCGGCCCAAGAAAAUAUACUUCAGUUCAAACUCUUCAUCUUCGCGAAGAAACCGAAGCCCCCAAUUGCGCACGAAAUCAUGAAGUUGCCCACUUUGAAACCAUUGGCGCGACCCGAUGAAAUCGUUAGAAUUUUUCCGAUGGACCUGAGUAAGAAGUGUGGAGUCGAAGUGACGGCUUAUCAACGAAAUAACAAUGAUGUUCGCGAGCUGGAUAUCGCUCUCGAAAUAGUAGGACUUGGAAUAUUCGCCAACUCAAUUAUCAAGUGCAUGAGAAAGUGA